AUGUGCGUCUACGAUAUCCCCAAUUACAAAGCGGACUAUCGAGCGCACAUGUACAUUACUGGGCAUUACUUGAGCGUCAGUCCGACCGAGGCGGUGAAGCUUACGGACUUGCAAUGCCCACCUCAAGGUGGACGGAUGGGAAUGUUGCCGGUGGUUCAGUUUAGCAGCAUCCCAACGUCGGAGAUUGCCAGUGAAAUCAGCGACAUGCAGAAGGUUUGCUGGGUAUGUUCAUAAACAGAAAUUUGCGCUAAAAAUAAUGCACUUUUGGCAAUUUUACCGCUCUGUUAGUAUCACCCAUACAUGCCGCCGUUUGUUUUCAGGACCUCAAUAACGAUGACAAGUAUUGCGUUGACGAUCUGGACCAUGAGAAAACCAUCGUCGUUUAUCGCAAGAACCCGAUUUCCAUGCGCAAAAUGCAACCGUUUACUUGUAUUGCUGCGGGUGGAAUAACGAUUGUGACGCGGCUGGCACUCGCUGUUCGUCCUUUAUCUAUGAUCAUGUCUCUGGGUAAGAACUCUUUCAAUCUGACACGUCAUUCUAGAGUUGACUACUACAUCGACGAUCAAAGCGCUUGGAAUGCGGACAGCUAUAAAGACCCGACGUUUUUGGUCCCGGCCAUUGAUAAAAACGACAAAUUCAACAGGAUUCGCGAGCAGUACAGCACCGUGCCCCCAACUACAACUCCAACCACAACAACUCCGACCACAGCAACGACUACUACCACUACUACUACUACCACCACCACCACCACCACUAAACCAACAACUCCGCUUACCACAAAAGGAACAGAUAAAACGACUUCCCCUCCGGUUACCAGCACAACUGCCGCAAAUGAAACGAAGAACCCAUGUUGUCCCUGUCCGUCAUGCCAAAACUUUGCAUUAUUUUUUGGCGGCUUCUUUGGCUAG